AUGGAAAAAAUUUUCAUUGAGGUCAAAUAUAACAAUAACGAAAACGAACGUCAGUAUUUUUUCAGGAUGUUUGACGCAAAUCACGCAACAAUCGCUACGAAAGAUAUCAAGAGACGAUACAGUUGGCAAGCCGUUAAAAAGUUGGAUGAUAAGGAAUGUGUGGAAGACGAACAAUUUGAAGGCGCACUGGCGAGUCCCAAGUUACUAGCAGUUUUGACAUUACCUAGAAUCAAAGAAAAACAUGAAGAUUACAACAAGUUGAAUAGCGAAUUUAGUGAAAGAAUUGGAAAAAUCAACGCCAACGAGGCAACGACAAGUUCAAGUGGAGAUAAAAGUAUGGAGCGUCGUAAUAUUUCAAGGGAGCCGUGGUGA